CUUUUUACUUAGGGGCUGAGUUCGUUCUCCGGCUACACAGAUUGCCACGUUGCCGCAGAAAGACACCGGACUACGACAUCAGAGGAUUUUGUCUGGUCACUCCAGGCUGUUUAUCACACCGGUGUUUUAGGAUUCUGCCGGGUAGAGCGCGCACUCUCUAAUUGUCAGUGGAAAAUGCUGACCGAUAUGAUAGUGGAGGAAGAGUUUGAGCUCAAGGAUGAGGAGCCAUGGUAUGGCAAACAGGACCUUGAGCACGAUCUCCAUUUGGCGGCUCAGCUGGGUAAGACCCUGCUGGACCGGAACCAUGAGUUGGAGCAGGGGCUGCAGCAGAUGUACUCCACCAACCAGGAGCAGCUUCAGGAGAUUGAGUACCUGACUAAGCAGGUGGAUUUGCUGAGGCACAUGAAUGACCAGCAUGCUAAGGUAUACGAGCAGCUAGAUGUGGCGGCCAGAGACCUGGAGCAGGGCAACCACAGGCUGAUUCUGGACAACCGUGUCGCCCAGCAGAGGAUCAACUGCCUGACAGAAACGAUCAACAGUCUUGAGACCCACAUGGAGGACUUGCAGACCCAGGUGGAGGAGCUGAGGACAGCCCAGUCUGACCGGAGCAGGAGAGAACUGGCCGAACAGAGACACAACCUUGGCGCACAGAGUGUGUCCUGCCUCAAGGAGUUGUAUGACCUGCAGAAAGACAAGUACAUGGCCUAUGAGAGCCUGCGUGUGGAGCGUUCCUGGCCAGCAAGGAAGGAGUCCUGUCAGGACCCAGACCCAGAGGAGGAGAACUCUGUGCUCCAGCGCUCCAUCCAGACCCUGCAGGCUGUUCUGGCCUCUGAGCGGGGGAAGCGGGAGGCAGCGGAACAGGAGACUGAGCUGACUGCCAGGGAGAACGGGGCUCUGGAGCAGCGGCUGGCCCUGCUGGAGGGCUGCCGGGCUAGGCAGAGGGAGCUGGAGGCAGAGGUGGAGGAGCUACGGCAGCUGUGGCAGGCCGACUACGCCAACAGUGUCAGGAGACCUGACCGGCUACUGCUGCCCGACAUGGUCUUCUUCGCCCCAGAGGAGAAGCCCAGUCUGGUACAAAGGGAGGAGAAGGAGGUGGGGGAGCAGGGGAGGCGCAGCCUGCAGAGGUGCAACAGCGAAAGUGUUCUGAAGGGGACACUAGCAGACGACAUCCGGCGGGGGCAUGAGCGUACAUGUAUCAGAAGAGCAGAGGCGGUGAAGCAGAGAGGAAUCUCCCUGCUCAAUGAGGUGGACGCCCAGUAUAGUGCACUGCAGAUCAAAUAUGAGGAGCUUCUGCGGCGCUGCCAGUUGGGGGCAGACGGGCUCAGUCACAAGGCCGUGCAGACACCCCACAGUUCCCACGGUGCUGUCAGUUACCCCCGACGGCGCCUCUCAAGCUCGGCCACCUCCAUCGGGCUCCCAGCUGUCCCUGAAGACAAUGGGCCUCAGCCGGAGUACAAGGCCCUUUUCCAGGAGAUCUUCACCUGCAUCCAGAAGACCAAAGAGGACCUAAGUGAGGACAAGUGGCCGAGUCAGGGUCAUUGACUCAGGGGACAGUGAUGGCAGUAUUUGUUCUUUCUGCACCUUUAAAUGGACUGCUCAAGAGGAUAUUGCUUUAGGAGAGGGCCUCAAAUGGCAGAUCCCAAAGGGUGUUUUGCGUGUGUGUGUGUGCACUAACACCUGUACCUCUUACAUAACAUGUACCCUGUUGUCUCCUUCAAUCCUGUCAACACUAUCACCUCGACACGCUCCGAUGGUUUCAUCAAUAAGCACUAUUCUUAUCUACCAUCCAUCCCUUGGACUACUUUCCAUCCUUAUCUACAAGUUUGUUUUUGGCACAAACAUUGAUAAAUGGAUUGUUUGAGUCCUGAUGCUAUCACCUCUUAGCAUCCGACUGCUCUUAUGCCUCAUUUAGCUCGAUUAGAUGGCACCACCUUUUCGCUUGAAGUCAAUGGGUGCAAUAAUAUUAACAACCAGGGUUUUUCUAUUCUUUUGUUUUCUACUAAAUUCAAGUAAUCAUAGCAAUUAGAAUGGUAUGUGUAUGUACCAUAGAUUUGGUCUUGCAGCUUAAUGAGUAGGCCUACGCUGUGUUUGAAAGUGUUUUUGUAUUCUGAUACCACGUACAGAACCACCAUUGUACAGAUCUUGAACUUGCUUAGACUAUCUAGCAGUCUGUGUUCAAUCUGCUUAGUGUUAAGUCUGUCGGGGGAGCCAUACUUUUUGUGCAUACUGUACAUAUUGCCAGAUUAUAGAUUUAACUACAUUUGUGUACCUUUUUUUUAUUAUGCCAACUAAAGAGUACUGGACUAGAUGGAGUACUUUAUAGACUCAAUAAGUACUUUAUAGAUGCUAUAUAUAUAUAUAUCUCUCUAUCCCUUCAAAUUAGUGGAUUUGGUUAUUUCAGCCACACCUGUUGCUGACAGGUGUAUAAAAUCGAACACACAGCCAUGCAAUCUCCAUAGACAAACAUUGGCAGUAGAAUGGCCUUACUGAAGAGGACUGACUUUCAACGUGGCACCGUCAUAGGAUGCCACCUUUACAACAGGUCAGUUUGUCAAAUUUCUUCCCUGGCAGAGCUGCCCAGGUCAACUGUAAGUGCUGUUAUUGUGAAGUGGAAACGUCUAAGAGCAACAACGGUUCAGCCGCGAAGUGGUAGGCCACACAAGCUCACAGAACGGCAUUGCCGAAUGCUUAACUACCGAGUUCCAAACUGCCUCGAAGCAACGUCAGCACAAGAACUGUUCGUCGGGAGCUUCAUGAAAUUUCCAUGACCGAGCGUGGGUUUCCAUGACGGGAGCUGAAGAUUGCCAAGCGUUGGCUGGAGUGGUGUAAAGCUCGCCGCCAUUGGACUCUGGAGCAGUGGAAACGCGUUCUAUGGUGUGAUGAAUCACUCUUCACCAUCUGGCAGUCCGACGGACGAAUCUGGGUUUGGCGGAUGCCAGGAGAACACUACCUGCCCCAAUGCAUAGUGCCAACUGUAAAGUUUGGUGGAAGAGGAAUAAUGGUCUGGGGUUGUUUUUCAAGGUUCCGGCUAGGCCCUUUAGUUGCAGUGAAGGGACAUCUAAACGCUACAGCAUACAAUUACAUUUUAGACGAUUCUGUGCUUCCAACUUUGUGGCAACAGUUUGGGGAAGGCCCUUGUUUCGGCAUGACAAUGCCCUAGUGCACAAAGUGAGGUCCAUACAGAAAGGGUUUGUCGAUUAGUGUAGAAGAACUCGACUGGCCUACACCGAGCCCUGAACUCAACCCCAUCGAACGCCUUUGGGAUGAAUUGGAACGCCGACUGACAGCCAGGCCCAACGUCAGUGCGUGACCUCACUAAUGCUCUUGUGGCUGACUAGAAACAAGUCCCCACAGCAAUGUUCUAACAUCUAGUGGAAACCCUUCACAGAAGAGUGGAAGCUGUUAUAGCAACAAAGGGGGGACCAACUCCAUAUAAUGCCCAUGAUUUUGGAAUGAGAUGUUUGACAAGCAGGUGUCCAUGUACUUUUGGUCAUGUAGUGUAUUUAUGGAGGUUAGGCCUAUGGUAGUCAACAUUGAUUUAUAGAGAGAAUGGCCUGUAAUACUAGAGAACCAUAAGUGAACACUGGAAAAGGCCCAGUCUGUUCUCACUGUUUCUACGUUUGUGUAAUGUGUGUCCCUAUUUCUAGGCCUAUAGCUACCACUGACCGAUGGACAUUUUUAAAAUGUAUUUAUUUAACAAUUAUUUAGAGACGAUGAUAUUUAUUUCCCUAUGCUAAUAUUUGUCACUGUAUUCCAGAUCUAUAAUGUGAUUGUUGCUGUAGCUAAUGCUGAUUCAGAGGAGUUCAGUGAUUUUGAGUUUGACUGACACUGAGGUUCAAAGUAUGUUAAGGUGCUUCUUAAUUGAAUAUGUGAAACUUACGUUUUAUAAGCGGAAGUGUUAACACAACAGGAAAAAGUUAUAAGGUUGCAGCGCGUUGUCUUUUCAUUUGUGGAUCCCUCAACAAAAGGUGCUUAAUCUCAAAGCCCUAAGAAUGGUAGACUGGUGGUUCUGUGCUCAGCAAUAUCCUGCCUUUAGACCACAACAAAUGAGGGUAGGAGCAGUGGAGUCGGUCAAACAGACACUGAGACACUUCAGA